AUGCAAAGGUGGGGGCUGUGGGCCGCAAUUUCUCUGACCCUCCUCUGUGUCCAGGCCUUUCCACAAACAGACAUCAGCAUCAGCGCAGCCCUGCCAGAGCUGCCUCAGCCUGCCCUGUGCCCCCUGUUCUGGAUGGAGUUCAAAGGUCACUGCUAUAGAUUCUUCCCUCUCAAUAAGACCUGGGCUGAAGCCGACCUCUACUGUUCUGAGUUCUCUGUGGGCAGGAAGUCCGCCAAAUUAGCCUCCAUCCACAGUUGGGAGGAGAAUGUCUUUGUGUAUGAUCUUGUGAACAGCUGUGUUCCUGGCAUCCCAGCUGACAUCUGGACAGGCCUUCACGAUCAUAGACAGGAAGGGCAAUUUGAAUGGACAGAUGGCUCAUCAUAUGACUACAGCUACUGGGAUGGGAACCAGCCAGAUGAUGGCAUCCAUGCAGACCCAGAAGAGGAAGACUGCGUGCAGAUGUGGUACCGGCCUACCAGUGCUCUGAGGUCAUGGAAUGAUAACACCUGCAGCUGGAAGUUCCCCUUUGUCUGCAAGAUCCCAUCUCUGACCAUGCAUUGA